AUGAAACCUAAAAUGGAUCCUUGCAAAGAUUUCUAUUCAUUUGCUUGUGGUUCAUUCGCCACCAAUCGAGUAGUGCCUGAACACGAAAAGAAAAUCAACGUGCUCUUCGAGAUGGAAAAAGAGCACAAACUUCACUUGAAAGGUUUGUUUUUCACUGAUACAUCACAUUCGAGCUAUUUUUCAAAGACGCCAUUUUCAGACAUACUUGAAGACAGUUCUUCUGGAGAAGAGUCAGAGGCUAUGACCUUGUCUCGGACCUAUUACAACUCCUGCAUGGACGAGGAAGUCUCAGGCGGGCGACUGCAGAUAUACGGUGUCGACGGUCUGAUCAGAGUGUUCGUCCAGAGAGGAUUCGAAGACAGUGAAGCUCAACUUAUAAUGGUUUGCGCAGACAUGGACGACGACACGGCAGGAAUCGAGUAUCAAGUUAACGACAUUAUUGACUUGGAAAGGCGUAUAGCUAAUGUAGCGAAGAAACUUCUCGCACAUCUCGGACCGAUGGACGAUAACGUUACGGUAAACUUGUACGAUCUGGGUUAUUUCGAAGGCUUGUCCGCGUUAGUGAAGUCGAAACCUCUAAGUUGCAUCAAUAACUACAUGAUGUUCCGUUUGGUAUCCUCCUUUGACGUGUACCUUUCUCAGCAGUAUCGCCGUCCUCUUCAACAAUUUCACUCCAACAUGUACGGUAAAACAGCUGAGGCUAUAGAGAUGAUAGGCGACUUCAAGAAUUCUAUGAAAACUCUCCUACUGGAUGCCGAAUGGAUGGACGAAACAACAAGGGCAGCCGCUUUGAAAAAACUCGAGACCAUGAGAUAUAAGAUAGGAUUUCCUGACUAUAUUUUCAAUGAAACCGAGGUUCUACGGCCUUUCAAGGGCGUUCAUUUGGUAGCAGAUCGCUAUUUUGACAACGCCUUGGAAUUGAGAAAAGCAUCUAUACGAGACAAUCUGAACGACUUGAGACGAAAGCCAGGUCUGGACGAAUGGGCUUUUCCAGUGAUUGCUGUUGACGCCUUCUAUUCGUUCACAGGCAACGAAAUAGUUUUUCCGGCUGGCAUUCUGCAGUACCCAAUCUUCAUUCCCGAAGCUCCGUUCUAUUUAAAUUAUGCGUCGAUAGGAAUAGCAGUUGGCCAUGAAAUCACGCACGGAUACGACGAUCUAGGAGCUCAAUAUGACGCGAACGGUAGCCUGAGAGGUUGGUGGGACGAGGGCACUUUGGAGACGUUCCGACAAAGGCGGCAGUGCUUCAUCAAUCAGUACGGCAAGCAAGUCGAACCCGCCACACACAAAAACGUUGACGGUCGAUCCAGCAUAGGUGAAAAUAUAGCUGACAAUGGUGGAAUGCGACUUGCCUAUGAGGUUCGAACUUCUCUAUAA